AUGCCAAACAAGAUACGCAGCGACCUUCACAAGGUCGAUACAACGUCUUUCGAGUACAUAUAUGAGGAGAAUGCAACUAUUCCUCUCAGCGAAGGUCGUGGCAUUGUGCGCUGCAAUAUCUUCAGACCUAAAGCAGCCGAAGGUGUUAAGUUCCCUGUCCUGGUGACAUAUGGACCAUAUGGCAAGGACGUUCACUACUCUGUUUUCCAUGCCUCGUCUUUCGGCGAAGUGCCUGAGGAGCACCACUCUCCACAUUCCGCAUGGGAGACUCCCGAUCCUGGUUACUGGACCAAGCAUGAGUAUGCUAUUGUCCGAGCCGAUGAGGUUGGUCUAGGUCAGUCGCCAGGUGUCCUCAACACCAUGUCUAGGGAUACCAGCCUCGCAUUCAAAGACGUUAUCGAAUGGGUCGCCGUGCAACCAUGGUCAUCGGGUAAAGUCGGCUUGCUUGGUAUUAGUUACUAUGCAGGCAGUCAAUGGCGGGUCAUCGUCAAUCAGUAUGGCCGUCCAGGGCGAGCCGCCCGCAACUGGGGCCCGGACACCAUUGAAGGCAAUCUACCUGAAGAAGAGCUCCGGGCCAACUGUCACGACCAAAACAUCGACAACGUCCAGAACCGGUUUCUGGACGACGACUACUAUGCCACCAAGGACUACAAAAUAUCCGAUAUCGAGGUUCCCAUGCUUUCGGUUGGCAAUUGGGGCGGCAUUCUAUUGCAUCUCCGAGGCAAUGUCGAAGGCUGGAUGAACGCCAGCUCCAAACACAAAUACCUACGCUUUGUAACGGGCAGACACGACUUGCCUUUUUACACCAAGGAAUGUGUCGACUUGCAGCAUAGCUUUCUGGAUGCUUUCCUCAAGGGCAUAGACCCUCUCGGGUGGGCAAGGGGAGAACAACCCAAGGUCGGAUACAAGGUCAGGGUAGGGGAUGUCGGGUUCAACGACGCAGCGGCCGAAACUGCUUACCCAACGAAAUACGACUCUCAAUGGCCUCUCCCUGGCACGCAAUACACCAAGUACUAUAUGACAUGGUCCCGAGGUCUACAAGACAAACCCAGUCACGAGGAGGGCAAGCUCUCUUACAAGGCACUGGGAGAUUUGAAGAAUCAGCACCUGAUCCAAUUCGCUAGUGCGCCAUUCGGGGAAGAAACCGAGUUCACAGGCCAUGUUGUUGCACACCUGAACGUUUCUGUCACCCCUGAAGAGGGCUCGACGACCAAGCCAAGCGACAUCGACCUCUUCUUGACUGUCCGGCAUUUGGACUCCCAGGGAAAAGAGAUUUUGUACACGGGCACAGUGGGCGAUCCUGUUCCAAUCACCAAAGGAUGGCUCCGCGUAAGUCUGCGCAAGGUCAACGAGAAGAGCCCAAGACAUCAAGACCCGUGGCACCCGCACCGAGAGUAUCUGUCGACUGACUACUCGCGACUCGUCCCCGGUGAGGUGUACCCGGUGGAUGUCGAGAUCUGGCCUACGAACGUAGUCAUGUCGCCUGGCGAUCGCCUUGUCUUUGAGGUUUCCUCAGGUGACACACAAGGUGCAGGACUGUUCGAGCAUAACUCAAAAGAGGACAGAAGUGAGGAGGUCUUUGCUGGAAAUAACCACGUUCACUUUGGGAAAGACUAUGAGAACUGGUUGUUGAUGCCCUUGAUUCCGGCGAAGAAUGUGUGA